AUGAAACUUGCAGAAAAUUUGAAAGCUAAAGAUCAUUACUUACCUGAAGAUAUACAUGCCAGUUUAGAAAACUUGGCUAUAAAUGGAGAACUUACCUUUGAAGAAAUACCAACAAUAAAAACUAUAAAAGGCUGGAUAGGAAGAUACAGUGCAAAUUUCAAAAAAGAUGCAUCAGAAAAAGCACUAUCAAAGAAUAAUACUGUAAUAACAAUGUUUGAUAGGACAAUAGGAAGGAGAGAUAUUAGAGAAGAGAAAAUGUUAGGAGAGGAAAAUAUCGGGGAGAGGAAUAGCAGAAAAAAAAAGGGCAG